AAUUACUUCAUAAGAACAGGUACCCAUUAUAUACUGUAUCAUUAUCAGUUUUCGCUCAAGAUGUAGUAGAAAUAGCUAACCAUCCACAGCAGACCAAUAAGACUAAAAAACAGAAAUUACAAGCUAAAAAGGAGAAUAAUUCUGAUAUAUUAAUUGAGAAUAUAUCAUCAAGGUUUCAAAAAUUAGAGAAUGCUAUGUUAAACUUUGAUGAACAAACUAAACUUAAUAGCAUACCAA